AUGGUCAAGAGAGAAAGACCUUCUUCACCUGUUUCUUCUGACGAAUCCAAUUCGACUCUCACCCCGUAUGACUCAAGUUCAGUAAAGGAUGAGAGACCACUUGUGAAUAACAAGAAAGUUAGAGGCUCGCCUGAGAAGUAUAAUGGUGGGAAGGGAGGUACGAAGGUGCCCUGGUCAAUCGAAGAAGAUGAAGCUUUAAUCGUAAUUCUGGAUCAAAUAAUCAAGACCCAACUUUGGCCUGCUAUCAAAUCAUCAGGAAACACUCAUCUUAUUCAAAGAGGAAGUUAUGGUGCUCAAUAUCAUACAAAAUUACUUUUGAAACGAGGAAAAACAUCUUCACCUCAAGCCCGAAAGUGA